CCCGCGCGCGCGCCCCAGCGCUCCCCCCCUCCCGCCCAGGGCCAAGAUGGCGGCGCUGAGCAGCGGCAGGAGCGCCGAGGGGGCCUCGCUCUUCAACGGGGACGCCGAGACCGAGCCGCCGCCGCCGCCGCCCCCAGCGCUCGGUGCCUGCUAUGCGGCCGGCGGAGGAGACCCCGCCAUCCCGGAGGAGGUGUGGAAUAUCAAACAGAUGAUUAAAUUAACACAAGAACAUAUAGAGGCACUGCUAGACAAAUUUGGAGGAGAACACAACCCACCGUCGAUAUAUUUAGAGGCCUAUGAAGAGUACACCAGCAAACUUGAUGCGCUACAGCAGAGAGAACAGCAGUUAUUAGAAUCCAUGGGAAAUGGAACGGAUUUCUCUGUCUCCAGUUCAGCUUCAACAGACACAGUUGCAUCAUCUUCCUCCUCUAGCCUCUCCAUAGCACCUUCAUCCCUUUCAGUUUAUCAAAACCCUGCUGAUAUGUCACGGAAUAACCCUAAGUCUCCGCAGAAGCCUAUUGUUAGAGUCUUCCUGCCCAACAAGCAAAGGACUGUGGUUCCAGCAAGAUGUGGGGUGACGGUCCGAGACAGCCUAAAGAAAGCUCUGAUGAUGAGAGGUCUUAUCCCAGAAUGCUGUGCUGUUUACAGAAUACAAGAUGGAGAGAAGAAGCCAAUUGGCUGGGACACGGACAUUUCCUGGCUUACGGGAGAGGAGUUGCAUGUGGAAGUCUUGGAGAAUGUGCCACUCACGACACACAAUUUUGUACGAAAAACAUUCUUCACAUUAGCAUUCUGCGACUUUUGUCGAAAGCUGCUUUUCCAGGGAUUCCGGUGCCAGACAUGCGGCUACAAAUUUCACCAGCGCUGUAGUACAGAAGUGCCACUGAUGUGUGUUAAUUAUGACCAACUCGAUUUGCUGUUUGUCUCCAAGUUCUUUGAACAUCACCCCAUACCGCAGGAGGAGGCCUCCUUAGGAGAGACCACCCCAGCAUCUGGAUCGUACCCCUCAGUGCCCCCCUCAGAUUCUGUUGGACCACCAAUUCUCCCUAGUCCUUCUCCUUCAAAAUCCAUUCCAAUCCCACAGCCCCUCCGACCAGCAGAUGAAGACCAUCGGAAUCAAUUUGGGCAACGUGACCGAUCAUCUUCAGCUCCCAAUGUUCACAUCAAUACAAUCGAGCCAGUCAAUAUUGAUGACUUGAUUAGAGACCAGGGUUUACGAGGAGAGGGAGGUUCAGCUGCAGGUUUGUCUGCAACACCUCCUGCCUCUUUGCCUGGGUCCCUCACCAAUGUGAAAGCGUUACAGAAAUCACCAGGACCCCAACGGGAAAGGAAAUCAUCCUCAUCCUCAGAAGACAGAAAUAGAAUGAAAACCCUUGGUCGACGGGAUUCAAGUGAUGAUUGGGAGAUACCAGAUGGACAGAUCACUGUUGGACAAAGGAUAGGAUCUGGAUCAUUUGGAACAGUCUACAAAGGAAAGUGGCAUGGUGACGUGGCAGUGAAAAUGUUGAAUGUUACGGCACCCACACCUCAACAGUUACAGGCUUUCAAAAAUGAAGUAGGAGUGCUCAGGAAAACACGACAUGUGAAUAUCCUGCUUUUCAUGGGUUAUUCAACAAAACCCCAGUUGGCUAUUGUUACACAAUGGUGUGAAGGGUCCAGCUUAUAUCACCACUUACACAUCAUUGAGACCAAAUUUGAAAUGAUCAAACUAAUUGAUAUUGCACGACAGACUGCACAAGGCAUGGAUUAUUUGCAUGCCAAGUCAAUCAUCCACAGAGACCUCAAGAGUAAUAAUAUUUUUCUUCAUGAAGACCUCACAGUAAAAAUAGGUGACUUUGGUCUAGCUACAGUGAAAUCACGAUGGAGUGGAUCACAUCAGUUUGAACAGUUGUCUGGAUCUAUUCUAUGGAUGGCCCCGGAAGUUAUUAGGAUGCAAGAUAAAAAUCCGUAUAGCUUUCAGUCGGAUGUGUAUGCAUUUGGGAUUGUUCUUUAUGAAUUGAUGACUGGACAGUUGCCAUACUCAAACAUCAACAACAGGGACCAGAUAAUUUUUAUGGUGGGACGAGGAUACCUAUCUCCAGACCUCAGCAAAGUACGGAGCAACUGUCCAAAAGCUAUGAAGAGGCUAAUGGCAGAAUGUUUAAAAAAGAAAAGAGAUGAGAGACCCCUUUUUCCACAGAUUCUUGCCUCCAUUGAGCUUCUGGCCCGGUCAUUGCCAAAAAUUCACCGCAGUGCAUCUGAGCCCUCAUUAAACCGGGCUGGCUUCCAGACAGAGGAUUUUAGUCUAUAUGCUUGUGCUUCUCCAAAAACACCCAUCCAAGCAGGGGGAUACGGAGAAUUUGCAGCGUUCAAGUAGCCACAGCACCAUGGCAGCACCCACUCUGUUAUUUAAGUCUUGUGUUCCUACAGUUUCUUAACAUCAAAACUCUAUUCUGCUCCGCAAAAUCUAAAGUAAUUUAGAAAAGAUAUCCAUAAGCUUAAAAGUGGAGCAGAAUGGAACUGCCAGUCCAACACAAUGGGAAAAAGUACCUUUUUGGGAACCAGAAUCCUCUGCUGCCAGUUUCUCCUUCAACACAAACCACCACGUGCAUUCGGAGACCCGCAGUGGCUGCCUGUGCCGUUGGCAUCAUUCCCAGGAGAGAGGAGAGGGCGCUCGUGGUUUGACUGUGGUGCUCGGGUAUGAGGGGAUGGAACUGCUGCUGCAACUUAGGAGACUUGCUUUGGAUGGUCUGCCAGUCAGCUUUGUCCCUCUAACAACGUACCAUCAGAGGCUGAAUAUCUGAUGAGUGCUAAUUUCAAAGAAUCAUCCUCCGUUCUGACCUUUUUUUUUUUCCCUGGUGUACUCAACUGAUUUAUGGACAAUGCAGUAUCCCCUUUUCACUGUAUUACAGUGUCAAACACCACAAUCUGUUUAUGUUAUUGGGUUUUAUUCCAGUAAAACUGAAAGUGUGGGCUGAUGGGAGCUGGAGAAGGUGUGUUACGCUGAAGGCAAAGAGAUUAAUCUGAAGGAAAAGGGGAUGCUGCUGCACCUUUUUUCAGAUUUACUUUAUCACUACUUAAAAAAAACAAGCAACAACCACCAACCUUAACCUUUUCCUUUUCCAGUAUUUUCUUGGUGUGUGCAUAUACAACAUCUUUGAGAAGGAUUAGGUACAUCCUUCUUUUGUUGGUCCAGCAACAAACUGAAGUUUUAAAGAAAAAAAAAUGUAGCGAGAUUGUCCUCUCUUUUAUUUUUUUUCUUUUGUAUCAUAUGAUACAAUGUAUUUAUCAAAGAUGCUACCACAGCAUCUGAAGUCUGUAGAAUUCCUGAUACAGACUGUGAAUGGUGUAUGUACCUACUUUAAAAGUUUUAUUUUAAACGAGGGUGCAGGUUAAUGCCAGGUACCUUACCAAUAUGUAAUGUUUUCAUAAAUGAGGAAAAAAGUUCUCAGGUUGAACUGAAUACAAAUACAAAAACCCCCUAGAAUUAGACAUUCCGAAAAUUAUGUUUUGGUACUUUCAAGAACUUUUUUUAGAGGAUUUUUAUCCUGUUAACUAAAUGUCCUCUGAUAAGUGUGUGUGUAAAUGUGGAGCAUCUUGUCCUAGUGGCAAGCUGUCAGAUGAAAACAAAACGGUACUUGCUGGAUCCACGCUGACUACUUCUCCUCCCAUUGCUUUCUUCCCUGUCAUCUCUUCCCUUCCGUUUGUCUUUCCCUUUUGUACACUUUGCAAACUAGGAUGAAGGUGGCGGUAUCUCCAUUAGAGUGCUUUGUUUUCCUGUCCUCCAAUCCUGGUUUUCAAAUGGUCGGUAGCUUUUUCACAAGUUACCCAAUCAGGGAAAAAAAAGAAUUCAUCAUAAAGUUCUGCACAUCAUUUACCUCUAGUAGAAUAUCUUGUGAUGUGAUCUGUUUGCAGAGUUCUCUGGUAUGUGGUAUUACGUGUAAAUUAUUUGUACAGAGGCGAGUCAGACCACAUUAGAAAGAAAUUCAAGCUCAGACGGAAGCUUUCAGAAUUUGAUUCCUGUCUGCCCUGUACUGCUCCAGGUGAGGCAGGAGAACUGACCCCCCUCUGGCAGGGAGAUGCUUGCUGGGGAGUGGGAGGUGGCAGGGGGGGCUGUUAAACAAAAUCGUGACAAAUACAUGAAGGAAUUAAAUGUGUGUGAAUGUGGUGUCCGUGCUAAAUGUGGGUGUAUGGGGUGAGGACACUGUCUUGCCCUCCCUAGGAGAGUCGGACUGUUUCUGCAGAAGGUUGCUCCCAGGGGAAGAGAGAAACGCACAUCAGUAGUGGAACGUGCUUUUAAAACCCUGGAGUUCUGCAGUGUUGCUGGUAGUCUGUUAGGUUUGUCAGUAAAUGUUUACUGGGGUUAUAGGGACCGGACUAAUCUGAAGUGGGAAUUAUAACUGAAAUACUGUGUAUUCAUAUUAAUUCCACAAACAUUAGCAAGACAGCAAUAGUGAAUGACUUAAUAGUCACUACAAGAAUGAAGUGAUUCAUGUUGGUACAUGAAUAGAAUUGAUUCUGUGUACAGGAUGCAUUUUAAAAACAAAACAAAACAAAAAAAAACAAAAAAGAAAGCACAAUUUUUUUCUUGUCAGCUGUGGGCCUUCAGAUGCUGUAAGGGUUUUUUCCUUAUUGAGAUUGGCAGGAAUUUAAGCCGUAGCAAUAGCCACUUUCCAGUGUGGAGAAGCUGAUGAGCGAGCAGUGGUGUGCAGACUGGUGAGAUUGGAGGGCUCCCUGGUGAUUGUCUGAGGCCAAACACCAAAGAGAUGGAAGGAGCCUGGAGCCACUAGGUUCAGCAGGCAAGUGAGAGCAUUUAGAGAUACAGAAUCCUAGAGGGUGAAGUGGUCGGUGCUCACUCGCCUUCCACCCUGUGCAUUGCUCCAGCCCCAGGCUGUGACUGAAUUUGUAUAUGUCGGGCAUACUGGAAAUUAAUAUUAAUCUCGAAAGAAACUUAUUGGAGCAAGUACGUACAGGUGGUUCAACAGUCAUUUAUUUCACAGAGCUUGUUAAAAGCCCUACUUUCCUUCCACAAGGUCAUGCUGGCAGAAGAUUGUCUGCUAAAAUGCAGCUGUUAGGAUUUUCAGUCUGUCUUUGCUUACAAUGAACUAAUUUUUGUGAAGAUUCGUUACCCAUUAGUCUACAGUAUGCUUCUUGAGCCUGUAGGAAAAGCACAAGGAAAACUGCUAUCCUUGUCCAUGCAAAGCACUUUAUAAGUAAAACGUGAUCUUUGGGGUUUUUUUGUUUUUGGGGUUUGUUUGUAGUUUUGGUUUUCUGUUUUGUUUUUUUUUUCCCUGAGGAAUGUGCAAGUUGUUUGGCUGCUGUUUAGAAAAGUCCUUUCAGGAUGCAUUUCUACUGGUUUUCACGUUUGUUUGUUUCCCUCCAGAUAGCUGUUAGUGUUGUGUGUUUGUCCGUAAGAGGUCCCACGUAAUACUCAUACAAAGCUUGGGAAGAAAUUUGGUUUGUAAAUAAUUUGGAUUAUUAUUUUUUCUCCGUCUUUUUCCUUCAGGAGUUUUUCUGGAUGUCUUGCAUGCCAUCAGAACCAGUCUUAAAGGUGCCCCGUAGAUGCAUAGUGAAUGGGCAGAUAAUGGAGU